UCAAAGUGCUAUCAAAAUGAAAUGUAUUAUGUUUAAAUAUAUUCUAUUUCUAAGCCUGAUACUGAUCUUAGCUGAAGGUGCAGAGGCUAACGAAAAUGAGUCUUGUGUGGCAGCCAGAAAAGCAGAGGAGGAAUGUGGAGAGCAUACCUAUAAGGCUAUUAGACCAUUAUUAAAGUAUAUACAUCAGAUGAAGACGGAAAUUGAAAGCAAUAACAAUAAAAUGGAAGGCAAAGAUAGAGAAAUCAAGCAAUUACAGGAAAAACUUAACCAACAUAAUGAAUUCGUCAUCGAGGCACUUAAAGAGCUAACGAAGAACGUAUUAUCAAUAAAAGAGGAAAUGGGUAAACCCACUUCCAAUGCCUUGAAAGUCCAGGACCUUGAAGAGCAGCUGGAGAAACAAAAGAAGUCAAUCGAUCAAAAGGACCAACAAAUAUCCGAAAUCAAAAAUGAAAUCAACAACUUAACCAAUAAAUUAAAAAACUAUGAAGAUAAGCCCGGUGGAUGCACUCCCUUUGGAGAUGCCCCGGGUAUUCACAAAAUUAUUACCAAAGAUUCGUUCGAUGCACUUUGCGACAGUGCGACAGCAGGUCCUGGCUGGACGGUUAUCCAACAGAGAAUCAAUGGUAAGGAGGAUUUCUUUAGGAAUUGGGCCACAUACCGCAACGGAUUUGGUGCUUUUGAUGGUGACUUCUUCUUAGGACUAGAGAAAAUUCAUCGCUUGACGAGCGCCCAACCCCAUGAGCUCUACAUACACAUUGAAAGAUUUGAUGGUAUCAUCAAGUACUUCAGAUAUAAACAAUUUGCCAUCGCUGGCGAGGAGGAUCAAUACAGACUGAUCACCUUAGGUAAAGUUGAGGGCAAUGGAACAGAAGAAUUCUUGCAUUUCCACAGAAACAUGAAAUUCAGCACAUUCGAUCGUGAUAAUGAUGCUUGGAGUGGCCACUGCGCAAGUAAAGACAAAUUUUGUGGUGGCUGGUGGUACAAUAACUGUACAGGAAGCAAUUUAAAUGGCAAAUAUUAUGAUCAUGAGGUGGAAAGAAGGGAUGCCAUAUUUUGGGAUGGCUUCGUCUCGUUGAAAAAAGUGAAAAUGCUUAUACGACCCAAGAGCUAUUGAAAAUUGUAAAAGUUUCGUUUACAAUAAUAUAUACAAGUCUAUCAAAUAUACGACAUUUUAGUAAA